UAAACACACACACACACACACACACACACACACAUAUCCUGAGUCAGGCACCAAUCUUAUCGGAGGUCGGUGUGUUCGAAACCCUAGUGGUAUAUGAGCACGUUAAAAUAGUUAUCUAUCUAUUUGGUAUGUCAUGUCACUAAUUGGGCUUUAGAUUUUGAUUACUUGAGCAAAGCAUAAGGGCUUUUUCUUCUUUAUAGCACUGCACAGUUGAUUUGCAUGUGUUAAUGUAAUUAACAGUCUUAGUAUGGAGAGCCCAAGCUGAAGACCUGGAGCUAUUCAGAAAUGUGUUUUAAGCUGUUAACUGGAUAAGUAGUUGACAGUGUUAAACUAUACUUAAUUUGGGUGCUUAUUAGGCACAGCAUUUUUCACUAUAACUUUGGUGCAGUUUAAAGCCCGGCUUGUGUUUAUUUUGUUUAGGUUUUAACUUUGCCAGUUUCAUGUUUUAGUUUAUAUUUUUGUAUUUAGAUUUGCUAAAUGUUGUAUUGUUGCACAUACCUCAAGCAUUAUCUUUGUUACACCACUGUUAUACAUUUAAACCUUUGUGCAUUUAUAAGGAAAAUUUACUAUGUUGAUUAUUUAGAUUUUCAUUAUUGACUGGAAAGCUGAUAAUUGUUUUUUGUAAUAUUGUGAUCAGAAUUAUAUAUUUGGGCGUAUUUUUCAGUGUUGGCAACAUCCCUGUCAGUGGGUCUGUUGGGCUAUUUUUCAUUCCAACCAGUGCUCCACAACUGGUGGAUCAAAGGUAUGUACUAUUCUGUCUGUGGGAUGGUGCAUAUAAAAGAUCCUUUGCUGCUAUAAUUGAAAAAAGUAGCUUGUGGUCCUUAUAGAACCUUUUUCAAAACUAAAUUACAUAUUAAAUAUAUCUUCUUGUUUAGAAUAUGCAUAUUCAAUGUGUUUCUGGUUAUACUGGUUUUUUACCAGUCGACAUUUUACCACUGGUAAAAUGGGGGGUAGGCACAGAGGCCAUAGCCAUUGAGUAUACAUAUACUAAUAUUCUAAACAAGACAGUAUCUUUAAAUGUAAUUUCCGUCCUUAGAAAGGCUUUAUUAAACAUCUUAGCAAUGGCAGAAAAGUCAGGAAUGUCUGUUUAACUUGAUUAUCGAAGGCAAAUGAUGGAGGUCAUUGUUGUAGUUUUGAUUUAGUUUUUGUAUUAUCCCUAGUUUAAAAAUGAUGAUUGACAUUAUUUCUGUAAUUGCUUAUUUGGGGUUUUACUUAAUAUGUCAGAUGGUUGAGAUCAAUGUUACAGCUGAUGUAUUUUAAUCUUUACAUAAUUAUAUGAGCAUAGACUUAAAUAUGGGUAUAUUCAUUUUGUGGCUUAUCAAUAAAGUGAUAGGCAAGACAUUAUACCUCUUCUUCUGUGUUGUGUUCAUGUGUAACUUGAAGUUUUAAUUGUGAGCUGAAAUAAUGUUUAUUUACCAAACACGAAUACUGUACAAACAGAAAAUACAGUAACUUAUGAUGUGCAACAUUCACAGUGACCAGACUACAGGUUGAUGGAGGGGGUGGGGGGCCAGCAAGUAUUAUGCUUGUUUUUAAAAGAGAAAUAGUUUUAGCCUCACAAGACCUUAAGUGGAGUGGGUGGGGGUGGGGGGGGGGGGCAGUCCUAAAGUAAAAAACUUUUUUUGAGGUCUCAAUGUUGCAUUGUGCACAAAAAAUAUUAUUAAUGUUUUUUAUGAAAUAUAAAGAUUAUACCUUGAAUUACAUACAUACAACUAAAUUCGAGUUCAUAUAAUGCCGCCGCCGCCCCGCCCCCCCCCCCCCGCCCCCCCACCGUUUUAGACGCCUAUAUGUAACUGUCCCUUGCUUACAGUAAGUGAAGACUAGUUGCGUCUGGCAUAUGCCAUAAAAUACCAUGAAAUCAAUAAUAAUCAAUCCAAAGGGUUUGGGGGUGGAGGUGUGGGGGAGGGUGGUGGUGGUCGCGAUGCCUAAUCCGAGUUGGCUUGUGGAAGUGUCCUCCAUACACAGCACACGCACACACACACACACACACGAACCACAACACACGUACACACAGACACACACCACUUUUGACAGCUACGUAUUACAUCACCAUCCUUUGAAUGCAUCUGUAAAUUUAGUUUUGAUUAUUUUGAUAGACGUUUCAGCCCAGUCACUCUAACAAGGUUUUAAUAUUGCUAUUUAUUUACUACUUUAUAUAGACUAAUGCUCGGUCUAUGACACGGAAAUGAGCGUUCUUAUUAAUAACAAGUACAUUACGGUUGGUUUUCUAUGGACAGCACCAUGAGCAUAUUAAAGAUCUCGUUGACUUGUUUCCAUUCGAUCAAUAUGGAAACGGGAGUUGCUAUAGGAACGCAUACUUGGAAAGUAGGGUACGGCUAACGACGGUCGUCAUGACAACCAGUUACAGGCUAUCGCAUAUAACCUAACGCGGGCGGGAAAGCCAACCAAGCCACCAAUUCACGACACUAUUUUUGUUCUGGUUGUCAUGGCAAAGAAAGAUUCAUUUCAAAACGUUCGGUUGUGGUGCCAGUACUGAAUGUGUGCGUUGCAGACCUAGCAUUGUGAAUGUAAAUGUGAAGGAAAAGAGAAGAAGCUCACUGGUCUUCUGAGGAAUACUACAAUGGAAACCAGGACGAAAACGUGCAGCAGAAGCAUCCAUCCUCAAUGUCCAAUGCUGACCGCGUCACAGUUGUUUGUUGAUCUGUGUAACCGUGAUACAGUCGCAGAGACUGAUGUCUUUGAUUCGUCUUCGUAUUUAAACACAGACGACGUGUGUGCUUUGUCUUUUAAUUCACGUACACAUUUACCAAACACCAAGAAAGAUACUACAGCAAGCGUUUCCACUUCUUUCUUCUGGUGCAACUUCUGUUCUUACACUACAGAGAGCAAGACAAGUCUUGUGGAACACGUGGCGUCACACCGUUUUGGUUGCCAAAACUGUCCGUUCAUUUCUUAUUCGCGUUCAAGAGUUGUUCAGCACGUACUUUUGGAGCACAAUCAGGCCAUUUCAGAAUACCGUGAUCUACGUUACUGUACGCUGGUGCAUUCCAAAGACGUAAAGACUGAAAGUGAUGCAUGGCAUAAACCCUGCUCCCAAGAAAUGGAAGAUGAUGGUACAGUUCUUCAUUAUGGGGAUCAUCUAGGACUUGGUGAUGCUUCUGGUAACAAGGAAUCUAAUAUCAGACGUACUAAAGACAAUAACAAAAUACACUUUUAUUUUAAAAAAGCCUACGUCAAUGGGUCUGCUGAAGGUGAAUCUGUUUUUGGAACAAAAAAUGUCUGCUCUGCAGAAGAUACAGACAUAGCCGAGAGUAAUGAAAGUGGCAUGCAACUACCAGUUUCUAAACCCAAACGUGAAUCAACAAUAACAUUGUGCACACUAAAGGACGAUACCAAAAUGUCUCAGACACAAAAGACAUUUCCAACAAUUAAUACUUUAUUGACAUCAGUGUCAGAUUCUGCAAACAGGCCACCAAGUGAGUGUUGGCAAAGUUUUCAAAGGAAUGAAAACAAUAUUUCAUUUCCAAAACUACAAGGGAUAACAACUCGAUGCAGACAGUCUCGUGCCGCUAGAACUACCAAGAACAGUGGUCAUGACAUUGAUGUUCAGAAGAUGCAGAUAUGUUCGGUGUUUUCAACUUCGACUAUCAUGGUUAAUAAUGGUCAAAUGAUCAAACACCCAGCUGAUGAACUGGAAUAUCCUGAAACGGCGAUACCGCAUGCUAAAAUAUCAUCAUCACUAUAUGAUACAGCACAAAGAAAGAACUUGGGUAGUGGCAGCAUUAAAUAUAUCUAUGGUGAUCCAUAUUAUGACAAAACAACUGAACAGCCUUCUCAGUCGAAACAUUCUUCAGAACUGAAGUCUCAAACUGUAAAAAUGGAUAUAUGCAACACUGCAAUUAAAAAUAAGGAUUGUGAUGAAGACGACGCAGCAUAUAAUCGUGUUCAGAUGCCCACCAUAUCCAAAAACGUCCCUACUGUAUUAGAUACGGUGAUCAAGAUGGAACCUGUAGACACAGAAUCACAAUCAUUUAGCUCAGAGGAUCGUAAUAACAUUGACGUUUCUGCUGCGUCAGCACCUGCUGCAGUACAAUACCCAACUAAUGACCAUAUCCAGAUAAAGAGAGAAAUCUGUAAUUUUGACGAGGGUGGUUUCCCCCACUCACAUGCUCCCACAAUGGAUUCAGUUAGCACAUUUCCUACGGUUAAACUAGUAUGUAAGCAAGAAUGUGUUGAAGCAAACAAUCAAGAUGUCACAAGUGGAAGCAAUGAUUUGUUAACGGAACAAGAUGGCAGCUCUUCUCCACCUGGUGACAGCUCCAGCAUUCUCUGGGAUUGUGGACAGUGCGAUUUUCAAUCGAAUGACUAUGAAGCUUGUAGACGGCACAUUCGCACAACGCACUUUGUAGAAGGCAACAACUUAAGCUGUAACGAACAUAGAAUACGCCCAGCUGAAUUAAAUCGACAGUUAGUCCAUCAGGAUUUUGGCGAAAAUCGUGAUUUGCUGAAACAAAGUGCUUCCUCUGACAUAUAUAGCUGCAGAGCAUGUAAUUAUGCGAACCCGUCCAGUGAUGCCGUGAAGAGUCACAACAAUGAGCAACAUCUCCCGUCGCUACUGGCCAUGUACAGCAACAACAAGAUGGUGUUCUACUGCCCCGAGAAGUGUGAUUACCUUUCGGAUGUCAAGGCGGAUUAUCUAAGUCACGUCAAGAGGUGUCGAGGUACUUUGACCAGAAUUGAAUACACCAGAACGGCCAUCGUGAUGCAGGCCAGUUUGAUGUUAACAGUACGAUAUAUUUUCAGCAAUCACAACACAGUUUUGAAGCGAAUGUUCACGUGUACAAGCUGCGAUUUCGAAACCGAUGUUUUAGCAGAAAUGACCGUACACAAUACGAUUCAUUCGGACAAUAGACAGGUGGCAAUCAAACUUGAUCCUUGUUCUAAGAAGGUGUCGUGGAUUUGCUUGAAGUGUCAAAUUCCCAUCAAAUUGAUGCAGUUGAAAAAACACCAAUGCAGCAAACUUGGAGUUCUGGAGUGUUCUGACCUUGCGUGCAACCAGUGUCAUUUUGGAAAGCGGAAGUCCAUGUACGUUUGUUCUCAGUGUAAAUAUGAAACAGGAUGUCUAUUAAUGAUAAUGAAGCAUCAAACUAAUGUCUGUAAAGGUUUUUUUAAAGAGAUAAAAUUAAGUACUGACAACACGAAAGCAGAGCUGCAUUGUUUUAGGUGUGACAGAAGUUAUGGCGUUGAUGAUAUUUCCACUCAAGAUUGUCUCGAUCGUGUCAAACCUAAAGCUGUGGAUACACAAUCGAAAUAUAAUACACGAAGACUGACGAGAUCUGCUUUAAAAAGAGACUGUGCUUCAAGUUUGGAGAACAGUGACAAGAAGGAAAAAACGUCUGUUGGUGAGUUGCUGCCGUUCACAGAAUCGGGCAGUCAGGCUUCAGGAACUAUGAAGACUGCUGGACCCCAAAGCAAACGACCAAAGAAGCGAAAGAGUUCAGAAUCACCAAAACAAACCCAGAGUAUAUCCUUAAAAACACCUAUUGAAAAGACACAAAGUUCCGGUAAAAUCAGUAAACUAACUGAACAUGCCCUGGAAGAAAGAAAUACAGACAAGCCACCUGGUGAACAAGACACAUGUGUGACUAGUUGUACACAGUCGACAUUGUCCCCAACUGAGGAUGACAACGUAGGUCAUGUUGAAGACGAAAAUAAGCCACGUUAUUUCAGUUACACAGCUGCACAAAGAAACCCCACCAUAAAGGUCUUCUCCAAGCAUUAUCAGACUUUGGGCAGUAAGGUGGAUAAUGGUGCAGCUAGUUCGGUGCUUGCAGAAUCAGGCAGUCUCGCUCGCAGCUCGAUGCCUGACAUAUCACACAUUUCUGUGAAUGGUGGCUGUGAUACCUCGGACAGCAAAGAGAUGCAUGAAUCCGAGUUCAAACCAUUAAGCAUGCUGGAAUGGCUCAACACAGAGAGUCGAAGAAUGCUACAAUUGCUGAAAUCAUAGAAGAACAAAGACCUGCGUCUCUUAACAAAGACACGUAUUGAAUUGUAAUGUCUUUAACAUUUUUAACGGUUAGGUUACUUAAAGAUUUGUUUUCCCACACACAUCCUCAGUGUAGUUAGUUGAAUAGUUAAAGUUUGUUUUGUUUAAUGACAACACUAGAUCACAUUGAGUUAUUAAUCAUCGGCUGUUGGAUUUCAUACACUUGAUAAUUCUGACACGUAGUCUUCAGAGGAUAUCAGCUAAAACAAAAUUCCGUUAGCAGUAAGGGAUCUUUUAUAUGCACUUUUAUACAGACAGGACAGCACAAACCUUUGAUAUACAAACCGUGGUGGGGCACCGGUUAAGGCCAUGGUUUCUUAACAAAGACAUUUUACUGUAAAUAGUAAUGCCUGGGACAUUUUUAAUGGUUUUUAACUUUUGUUUUGUACACACCCACGGCCUUGGUGUAGUUAGUCCAUUAUUAUCCAUAAUAUGAUUAAAUAUCUGUUGAGUCGUAAAGAUGUGACACUGUGUUUGUAAACUGGAUAAUUACAUUAAAAAUAAAUAUAUGGAA